AUGUCUUAAAUAAAAAGAGAAAUUCAAAGUCAUCCUUUCUUUUGAUCCAAAGAAAAAAAAAAGUCAUCCUUUCUGAAUCAAACCCCACCUUUUCUUCUUCUUCACGAUCUGGAGGGAGAAAACAAAGAAGAUUCUGAUCUGAUUCAAAAAAGAAGGAAGAAAUUCCGGUAAAGAAAUCAUCAUACCCCUUUUUUGAUUUUCUUUCAAAGCACCUCCCAUUCCCAUUUGUUCUUUCUCAGUUUUUUGAUUCCAAUCUCUUCUAUAUAUACCUUUCUUUGAUUUUUCCACACACAUAAUCAUUUCAUAAGUCUCGAAUUUCCCCCCUCUCUCUCUCUCUCUCUCUCUCUCUCUCUUCCUUCUGCUAUAUAUACAAAGUGAUCUUCAUUUUUAGGGGUGAAUAGGGUUUUCUUUCAAAGGUCUUUUGUUUCUUUCUUCUUUGAUGUUCAUGGAUCUGGUGUAAUUAGUAGUUUAAUUCAAAGUUGAGGUUCAGAGUACUUCCAGGAAUGGCAGCUGAGAAGCCGAGUUCCAAAGGCCAAGCAUGGUUUUGUACCACCGGAUUACCAAGCGACGUCGUAAUCGAAGUCGACGAUAUGACCUUCCAUCUCCAUAAGUUCCCUUUGAUGUCGAAAAGUAGAAAGCUUCACGAGCUGAUAACAGAGCACGAGACAAACCCUACUAAAAUCCAAGCAACCUCUGAACCAGAUAACGAUGUUGAGGGAGAGAUCGAAGAGGACCAGUACUGUCACAUCUCACUCACGGAUUUUCCGGGAGGUUCUGAGACAUUCGAGACGGCGGCGAAGUUCAGUUACGGUGUGAAGAUUGAGCUGUCGUCGUCAAAUGUAGCUCCACUCCGGUGUGCCGGAGAGUUCUUGGAAAUGACUGAAGAGUACUCCGAAGACAAUCUCAUUUCCAAAACUGAGAGGUUUCUUUCCCAAUCAGUCCUCAAAAGCCUCAAAGAUUCUAUCAAAACUCUAAACUCGUGUGAGAAAUUGAUGCCUGUGGCUGAGACCUUAGGCAUUGUUCAGAGGUGCAUCGACGCUAUCGCCGGGAGAGCUUCUACCACCGAUCCGACGUUGUUCGGAUGGCCGGUGAAUGAAGGUGCUGUAAAUGGUAAAGGAACUUUAAACCAGGCCUUCGAAACUGGUGCGAGGCGAAAAGGCGCUGCUAGAGGGACUGGUCCGGAUGCUUGGUUUGAAGAAUUAGGGCUUUUGAGUCUACCGUUAUUCAAGCGUUUGAUCUUUGCCAUGAAAGCUGGAGAUCUGAGUUCGGAGAUAAUCGAAAACUGCCUCAUAUACUACGCCAAGAAGUACAUUCCAGGCAUUUCUCGUUCCAAUCGGAAGCCAUCAUCGUCCUCAAUACCCUCAGAGAACGAACAGAGAGAACUUCUCGAGACUAUAAUUGCUAACCUUCCAAAAGAAAGGAGCUCAGGAUCUUCAACGGCAACAAGGUUUUUGUUCGGAUUGUUGAGGACAGCGAACAUUCUGAACGCUUCAGAGGCAUGUCGAGCUGCUCUGGAGAAGAAAAUUGGAUCACAGCUAGAACAAGCCACAUUAGAUGAUCUACUCAUACCUAGCUACUCUUAUCUGAAUGAAACACUAUAUGAUGUGCACUGUGUUGAAAGAAUUUUAGGCCAGUUUCUUCAUGGAUUGGAAGAGAGAUCAGCGGGUAGAAUUGAAGGGGAAGGCGAGAACAGUAGCGUCAGAUCGGCGGCGUUAAUGCUGGUCGGAAAAUUAAUCGACGGUUACUUAUCGGAAAUAGCUUCGGAUGCUAAUUUGAGGCCAGAUAAGUUCUGUGAGAUGGCCGUUGCUCUGCCGGACCACGCUAGGCUCUUCGACGACGGCCUCUACAGAGCCGUCGAUGUAUAUCUCAAGGCGCAUCAAUGGCUAUCAUCGGAGGAACGGGAGAAAAUCUGCGGAAUAAUUGAUUGCCAGAAGCUGACCUUAGAGGCGUGCACUCACGCCGCUCAAAACGAGAGGCUUCCAUUGAGAGCGGUGGUUCAAGUACUGUUCUUCGAGCAGCUUCAGCUGCGGCAAGCAAUUGCCGGAACAUUGCUCGCCGCCGACGUGGUUCCUGCGGUGGAUACGGGAAGGCCUUCGAAUCUACAACAGGAAGAAGAGGACGAGGGCACAGGAGUGGGAGUGGGAGUGGGAGUGGCAGUUGGGGCAGCACCUACGCAGGAGAGCCUUGUCACGUGGAGGGCAGCAGUGAGUGAGAAUCAGGUGCUGCGGCUGGACAUGGAUAGCAUGAGGACGCGAGUGCAGGAGCUGGAGCGUGAGUGUUCGACGAUGAAGAAGGCGAUUGAUAAGAUGGGAUCGGACGAUGGUGGUAAAGGUUGGAGGAAUUCGCUGACAAGGAAGUUUGGGUGUAAGUUUAAGACCCAAGUGUGUGAUUCGCAUGAACCAACGGUUGUGGAGGCCAGAAAGGGGGGUCGAAAUCAUCGUCAGCAUCCAUAAGUCCAAAUUAUUUUUUCACCUCUCACGCUUUUAAGUCUCAAGAAAAAUGUUAUUUCCUUCAAAUUUGUUGAUUAAAUUUAGGUUAUCGUGGAGUUAGUAUAAGAUCUCAAUGUUAGAUGAAGAUUUCUUAUUUAGUUAACGAGAACACUAAAUCCCGUCAACAAGUUUGAUAAAUAAAUUUAGUUCAAGUAAUUUUACUAUUAAAUUUUUGUAAUUUACAUAUUUUUGUUGGUUUGUCAUUAUUGUUCGGAAACCGUUUAGAUUCAUCGCAUAAAAA